AUGGAGGCCGAAUCGUUGGAUGCAAGCUGUAGCUGUUCGGCAGAAGUCGAUAAUCCGGUUCUGGAUUCAGACCUGUAUGACGCGGACAUCUACGAAGUCCCAGACCCGGGGUUUCUCUCUGAAAAAAAUGAGUCGUGUCCCCCGGAGCAGGAGGUCCUGCGGCUCUUCUCCAGGACCCCGCGAUGGCAGGCCCUGCCCCUGCGCUCGCGCGCCCGCCGCCUGUGGCUCAUCCUGCGCGCCUACCUCCACGAAGUGGUGGAAAAGGAGAAGAGGGAGGAGCUGCGCGUCGCCCGCCUCGCGCACGGGCUGGAGCCCCUGCGCCACCUGGAGGUGACGGCCGGGCUGUGCUCCGUGGCUCAGGACGCGGUGGGCGGACGCUUCGUGGUGCUGGACGGCGAGGGCCGCCUGCACCUGCACACCAAGGACGGCUGGGUGCAGGGCAAGCGGCAGGCGCCCGCGCCGCUGACGGGGCUGGUGGCCGUGCCCGCCCCGCUGGGAGCCGUGGGCCGCUUCCUGGGCUGGGGCCCGGCCGGGCUGGCCCUCCUGAGGCCGGACCUCAGCCUGCUGUGGCUCGGCCACCCGCCCGCGGGCGGGGCCCCGGGUGGCGAGCCCACUUGCUGCCUGCCCGUGCCCAGUCUCGGGCUGCUGCUCGUGGUCGAGGCGGGCGGCAGCCUGACCCUGUGGAAGUUCCGCUCGGGCGGCCGCCGCCUGGUGCCGCACCGGCUCCCCCUGCAGCUGCCCCGGAGCCUGAGCGGCUCGUUCAAGCGCCUGGCGCUGGGGCCCGCACCGGCGCGCCACGGCCAGCACUGCUUCGCCGCCUACGGCCCGGCGGUGCUCACCUUCGACCUGGAGGCCUGGACCCUCGUGGACGUGCGCCAGAACCUGCACAAAACAACCAUCUUGGACCUGGUUUACUGCAAGGAGAUCGAGGCCAUGGUGACGGCCUCCCGGGACAGCACGGUCAAGGUGUGGGCGGCCGACUGGCAGAUCCGCAUGGUGUUCGUGGGUCACACAGGCCCCGUCACAGCCAUGGCCCUGCUGCCCAACACCAGCCUGCUGCUGUCCGCCUCGCAGGACGGGACUCUCCGCACGUGGGACUUGCGGGCCGCCGAGCAGGUAGGCGAGGUGGCGCUGGACUACUGGGGCCGGGACGCGCGCUCCGGGCCGGUGGGCCGCCUGCUGGCGCCCGCGGGCCCGGGCUGGCCCGUGCUCUGCCUGUGCCCGAGGAGCGUGGACCUGUGGAACAUUCGAGACCUGUACUCGCCCUUGGCGCAGCUGCCCGCACAGGUGCUCCACCUGCAGGUGGCGCCCGCGCUGCCCGCCCCGUCGGAGCCGCCCCUGCCGGUGCGCCUGGUGUGCGCCUGCGCCGACGGGUCGGUGUCCCUGGUGUCGGCCGCGACCGGGAGGACGGUGAGCGCCCUGCUGCUCGGGCCCGAGGACCGCGCGGCCGCCGUGGCCUACUGCCUGCCGCGGGAGGCGCUCUGGCUGCUGACGCGCGCGGGGCACCUGGUGCGCGCCAACGCGGCCCGCUGCCCGAUGGCGGUGCUGCACCGGCACCGCCCGCCGCCGCCCCCGGCGCCGCAGCCCGGCUGUCUGCACCUCUACAGCCACCUCAUCGACGGGGAGAGCGCCGCCGCCUGCUGGGAGGCCGUGCGCCUGCACCAGGGGGACCCGAGCAGCGAGGCCGUCGCCUGGGCCUGGAGGAACAAGAACCGGUACCUCCCGAUGCUGGGGCACACGGACGGCACGCUGUCGGUGCUCGACCUGCGCACCUCCAAGACCGUCUUCCGCACGGAAGCGCACCGCCCCGGCCCGGUCACCGCCAUCGCGUCCACCUGGAACAGCGUUGUGACCUCGGGCGGAGAUCUGACGGUGAAGAUGUGGCGCGUGUUCCCCUACGCCGAGGAGAGCCUGAGCCUGCUGCGCACUUUCUCCUGCUGCCACCCGGCCCGGGCGCUCUGCGCGCUGGGCAGGCGCAUCACCGUGGGCUUCGAGGACCCCGAGAGCGCCACCUAUGGCCUGGUGCAGUUCGGCCUGGGCAGCAGCCCACGCUGUGACCACCGGCCCCAGGACGACCCGAAGGACCACAUCACCGGCCUGUGCUGCUGUCCCACACUCAAGCUCUAUGCCUGCUCCAGCCUGGACUGCACCGUGCGCAUCUGGACCUUGGAGAACCGCCUACUGCGGCUCCUGCAGCUGGAUAGUGCCCCUCAGGCCCUGGCCUUCUGCGGCAAUAGUGGAGACCUGGUGCUGGCACUGGGCUCCCGCCUCUGCCUGGUGUCCCAUAGCCUCUACCUGCCUACGUCUUAUCUGGUGAAGAAGCUGUGCCAGGCAUCCUCCGUGGAGGUGGAGGACCCUCCGCUGCCAGUGACCAGCUGGGAGUCGCUGACGGCCGCCCAGCUGCAGAAGCUCGCCGACCUGCAAGGGAAAGCCAGCCUCAGUGCAGCCCUGUCCUUCACCCAUCGCCAGACACCAACACUUCAGCAGCCAGUGUUGAAGGAGGAUUUAGAGGCCCUGCUGGCCCGGGACCAGGACCUUCAGCAAUUAAAGAAGGGACUAUUAGCCCCUGCAGCCCAGCCCCCUCUCUCCUGGAGGCAACAGCAAGAAGCUUUUCACAAUUACCUACGUGUGAUCUAUGGCCCCGGCCUGGCGGGCAUACAUUCCAGAGUGGAUGGCCAGCAAAAGGACACCUCCGGCAUGCCGCCCACAGCCCCACUCCCCCUGGACCAGCACUCUGCCCACCCUCCUCCAGUUUCCUUGCCCAUUCCACCCAUCCAGCGGAAGGUGCACAGCCAGGCAUCCCAGCUCCUAGCCAGUUCCUCCUUGAGCUGUUGCCUGGGCCUCAGUCUGGAUCUGCAGCUGAAGUCGGACAAGCUCCAAGGGAAGACGGCUGCGGGGAUGGGCGCACUACCCUUCCCGAAGGAGAAGGCCCCGGUGUUGCUGCGUAAAAAGCCCAAGGAGUUGCUCUCGAAGCUCAAAGGCUUCUUUCCUGCCACCACAGUACCCCACGAGUCCCACCCACGGCCCAUCAACUUCCCGGGCUAUGUGCCCAACUCAGUGGUGCUGCAGAAAAUGUGGCUGUUUGAAGAGGUGACCAGCCUGGGAACCAUGGCCAACCUGGUCUCAAGUAGAUUUAAGUCCAGCCUGUACAGCCAGUGGCUGCGGCGCCACAGGCACUCGGCUGACCGGUGGCGGCGGCGGCUGGCCCAGUGGCUGCAUAGCAUCCACGGAGGGUACGAAGAGGAGGAGGAGGAGGAGGAGCACAAGGAGUGGGAGGAGGAGGAGGAAAAGCUCGAGUUCGACUGGUCCACAUCUGUGCGCUUGGAGCAGAAGCACCAUUCCUGGCAACCCAAGGCUCCAGUUCGGCCCAAGGCUCCAACGUCCGUGGACUUAAGCCCAAGGCCCCCGAGCUUCCAACAGGAAACCCAGACCUCGACCUCGCAGGGUUCCCAGUACGAACAUAAGCGUUCACGCUGGGCGGAGCGCUAUGGGCAUCUGCCAAAGUUCCUGCAGUUUUUCGUUGUGCAGAACUGGUUCAAAAAGCUGUUUCCCAUCUUCACCUUGGAGGCCUACCCGGAGAUGGGCACCGUGGAUGGCCUGGCCUCCAUGUUGGUGAGCCUCCUGGGAGAGGCCUCCUGGGCAGACUGUGUGAGUAUCUUACAUGCACUGAUGCGACUGCUGCCUGACAUGAGCGGUGACCUCCAUGACAAGCUGCAGAAGACCCUCCUGCACCUGCUCAACCUGGACCCGCCCCCCAGCUUCGAGGACGAGACACAGAAGCAGUUUGUAAUCCUGGCCCUGCAGCUGCUCAUGGCCUGCACUCUGGAGUGCAGAGAGGUGGUUCUAGAGCUCAUGUCCUACUUCCUCUACUCUCCCACCCACUGCCGGCCAGAGGUCAAGGAACUGAUGGACAGGCUAGGCCUCCAGGACCCCCACGACUUCCUGUGCAAAGAGAUGCUGACCUGGGUCCAGGGCCAGAACCUCCACUCCAAGGCUGUGCUGCGAUCACUCUGCUGUCAGAAGCUAGAUGACAUCAUCCAGCAGCUGGAGAGGGAGACCUUGUCCGAACCCAGUUUGUCCCUGGUGAUGUCCUCGGUGUCAAGGACCUCAACCUCUUUGCUUCCCGAGGAGGCCCCGCCGCCGCUGCGGCCGGGCACGCGGGAGGCCUCGGGCGUCUUGUGGAUGGCCCCCCAGGCCUCUCAGCAGAUCUCACAGUUUCUGGAGCUGCCUUUCCCGGUGGCGCCACCUGCUGAGCAGGAGGUGCCAGACCCAGAAGAGGAGUUCCAGCACAGGCUGUGGCAGUUUCGCUUCAGUCCCACCAAGAGAGUGCUUUCUGAGGCUCUGAAGACCUUCGGUGUGCUGCCCAUGCCCGAGGUCUCCAUACCGCGCGAGCUUCCCAGCGUCCCUCUGCCACUAGAGCAGGCCGAAUGGGCCCUCACACGGGUGCUGGAUCUGAGCCACGUCGAUGUGCUCAGCUUGUUCUGUGAGCUGCAGCAGCUGCGGCGGCAGCGGAGCAGCUCCCAGCAGGAGGAGACUCUCUUUCCAGCCUCAUCAUCCUCAGACCAGCUGGUGGUGCCCAACAGUGUGGAGCGACCGCCUCGGGAGCCCUGGCUCCACCCGAUUCUCCGGCUGCAGGAGUCCAGAGCUCAGAGCUUGGGGAUGAGAUUGCCAGGUCACCGGCUCCGCCGCCCCCGCCAGCUCGAUGGCUCUAUCGAGGUGCUGAAGCUGCCCCUGCCUCGGGUAGACCUGCAGCCUUUCCCCCCGGGCUGGCCAAAGCCUGCCCGGGCCCUGCCCCCGCUGCUCCUGCAGCCCACCCUGCAGCGGUACUUUCUGCCCGGGGAUGCUGACCCUGACAGCUACCAGUGACCCGGCAGCUACCCCGGGUCCCCUCCCUCAGGCCCGUUGCGUCCCCAAGGCAGGACUCGCCUUGCUCUCAGCCAAGGCACCCAUCUGGAAUAAAGCCCAGAAGCUCUCGCCAGCA